UCCCUCUCUCUUUUCACCAUCCCAAAUUCCAAUCCAUUCAGAGAAGCAGACCUGGAGAACAACAAUGGCGGCCAUCGCCACCACCGCUACCUCUGCCGCAAGCCCAACCCAUCGCUCAUUCUCGUUCCCAUGCUCUCCUCCUCCUCCUUCUCUUACCCCUCUCCCAUUUCCUCGCCGUGGUUGCGCUGUUUCGAUCCAUUCUAAGAACAUUAGGAUCCGAAACCCUAGAUCCAAAGGUUUGAGGAGAGUGGAAUGCUUGGCCAGGGAACCGUUGAAGGUUAUGAUCUCUGGAGCUCCGGCAUCUGGGAAAGGGACUCAGUGUGAGAUGAUUGUGGAGAAGUAUGGAUUGGUACAUAUAUCAACCGGAGACCUUUUGAGAGCUGAGGUGUCAUCAGGGUCAGAAGUAGGGAUGAAAGCGAAAGAGUAUAUGGAAAGUGGCCGACUUGUUCCUGAUGAGGUUGUCACCGAGAUGGUGAUAGCACGGUUGUCCCAACCAGAUGCAAAGGAAAAAGGGUGGCUUCUUGAUGGGUACCCAAGGAGUCCUGCACAAGCACAGAGUCUUGAAAAGCUGAAAAUUAGGCCAGAUGUUUUCAUCAUUCUUGAUGUUCCUGAUGAAAUUCUAAUUGACAGAUGUGUUGGAAGAAGAUUGGAUCCCUUGACAGGAAAGAUUUAUCAUCUUAAGAACUUCCCCCCAGAGACAGAAGAUAUUUCUGCCCGGCUUAUUACUCGUUCGGAUGACACUGAAGAGAAGGUUAAGUCACGUCUUGAGACCUACAAGAAAAAUGCUGAAGUUAUCUUUUCGACGUACAUGGACUUGUUAACUAAGGUUGAUGGAAACCGCCCAAAAGAAGUCAUUUUUGAAGAAAUAGACUCCUUGUUGCAGCGGAUCUGUGAAGGGAAAUUAGCACCAGUGAAAAGCAUUGAUCUGAAAUUGGGAUCUUCUAGCCAGGAUAAUUGGCGAGGGAUUCCUACUAGAUUGAAUAAUAUACCUCAUUCUCGGGAAAUAAGAGAGUACUUCUAUGAGGAUGUGCUACAAGCUACUCAAAGGGCUGUCCAAGACAAAAGAUUUCGGUUGAAGGUUGAGAUCAAUAUUCCAGAGCUUAACCCUGAAAUGGACGUUUAUCGAAUAGGUACUCUGAUGGAACUUGUAAGAACCCUUGCUCUUUCAUUUGCUGAUGAUGGAAAGCAUGUCAAGGUUUGUGUUCAGGGUUCCAUGGGAGAAGGUGCGCUUGCUGGAAUGCCAUUGCAGCUGGCUGGCACUCGCCGCAUUUUAGAUUAUAUGGAUUGGGGUGACUAUGGUGCCAAGGGCACCUUCAUUAAUAUUGGCUCCAUAGGUGCCAAAGAAGUGGAUGAACAUGAUGACAUAUUUAUUCUAAUGGCUCCCCAAAAUGCUGUUGGCAACUGUAUAAUUGAUGAUAUGAAGGCCAUGACAGAUGCAGCUGGUGACCGACCUGUGAUUCUAAUCAACCCUCGUCUGAAGGAUUUACCUGGAUCCAGUGGUAUAAUGCAAACAAUGGGAAGGGACAAGAGAUUGGAGUAUACUGCAUCAUUUGAAAGCUGCUAUUCCUUUCGACUUCUUUACUAUGCUGGCACACAAUAUCCAAUAAUGGGUGCUCUGAGGAUGUCUUAUCCAUACCGCUAUGAAUUAUACAAGAGGCUUGACGAGCCCUCUGGGAAGGAAAAGUAUGUAAUUGUAGCCACAUUUCCGAAACAACCUACCAUUGAUGAAGUCAAUGAUGCAUUCCAGGGAAAACCAAGAAACAAGGAGAAAACAGCUUCAGGAGGGAUUUGGGGAUUCUUGAGUGGGAUAUUUUGACUCCGGAGGAGGAUAUUUGGAUCAUCUGGCGACAGAUAUUAAUGCAGUUAAGAUGAUGGAGCCAGCUGACCAGAGGACAACUUACACUGUUUUCCAAGGCUUUGGUCAGGAAAAGGACCUGAGUGACCUCUCUUUGUUUCCUGGUAUGCUUCACGCUUUGUGAUAAGUUGUUCUAAGCGUUGCUCUAGCACAUUUGUUAUUCUCCCUUGGUUUCAUACUUUGUUUACUGUACCUAGAAUAAAUGUAUAUAAGAAUCCCUCAGGAACUGUUUUCACCUCUUUUUUUU